GAGAGAGAGAGGUCUACUUGAAACAACAAAGCAACACUACAUGAGAAAAAAAUAAUAAAAUAGGGGCGAAAACACACUUUAAAGUGUUCCCACCCCCGGUCGGCUGGACCAGUUCUUUUUUUUAUCUUUUUCGUUUUUUUGUUUCUCUGACUUUUCUCCCCGCUGCUAUCUACUACUGCUACGGCGACUGCAUUAGCCCUUUCGACUGGUCUUAUGCUUGCUGCUACUUGCCACGGGUGAAUGCCCUGCGUGUCGGUCUGACUGUUCUUACAUCCACAUUUCAUGUUCAUGUAGGAAUACGUUUAUACAUACAUCAUACCUCUCGCGCAUCGCAGAACUUCACGUGGUCCCCAUCGAUUCCCUGAUCAUAUUUCGCUUCGCAUAUCAUAUAUCACUUUUAUCAAGUCUCAUUGCCGAUGGCGGAGCACGACCCUCCCUCCCCAAGUGGCGAAAUCGUCGGCGUGAUCAUCGGAGCCGUGGCUUUGUUCAUCGUCAUUAGCUUUUUGCCGAUAGCUAUAACAUGGCACCGUCGCCGCCGUCGCGCCGCCACCACCGCCGCCGCCGGCGGCACAUCCUCCACCGCGCCCACCUCCGACCCCCACCGGCGGGACAGCGCCCUACAAGCGCUGACAGGCAAUCCGUCGAUGCAACAGCUCCCCAUCAGCGUGGAACGCUGGCUCGAAGAACAAACCCAUUCGGGCACGAACGAAACCUGGCAUUAUGCCCAGGAAUCCUGUGCCAUCUGUCUCGAGCGCCUCAGAGUGGAAGUGGACCAAGACGAGAAGGUUCCCACGACCAUCACCACCAACAACAACAACCUCCCGCCAACACAACCCAAACCCGCCUGGAUCCCCCAGCGAUACUACCACAGCAGCAGCGGGGCGCUGGCCCCGACCAACGCAGACUCCGAUCUCGAACGAGGAGUGGGAUUGGGCGAUUGGCGCCGCGGGUCGGUGCCGCUAUCGCUCUCAUCGUCGUGCGGCUCCACGGAUCUCGACGCGGAGCACCCCCCAAAAACCGAGAAACCGCAACAGGAUGAGGUGGUGGUGCUGAAUCGCUGCAACCAUGUCUUUCAUGCCGCGUGCUUGGUCCUGUGGGUCGAGCAGCAUCGGUAUCGGUGUCCGAUCUGUCAGGCUUCGUUGAAGCAGAAUGCGCAGUAGUUGGUGGUUAGUGGAGUUGUGUGUG